AUGGCAUUAAAUAAGUCUUUAAAAACUGGUCAUUUAUAUUCUGGGAGUGAUGGUAAUAAUUCAACAAUUAAUGAUAAUAUGGAUACUGAUGAGAUUCAUACAUCAAAAACGACUAUUAAAGAAUCUAAAAUGAAAUUUAAGACGAUAGGUCAGGUUAUUCGUAAAGUUGUUGAAAAUGAUGUUAAACGAGCGGAAAAAUCUUUAAAGGCUCUUUGUGAUGUAAUGCCUCCACAGUUGCGUUUAAUAAUGAACGGUUCUUCUAUUAGUGAAGUAUUCGGUGAUGUUAACAUGGAGAUUCAACCUUCUAAUGAACAUAAAGAACAAAUUAUGAAAGAAUCCCAUAAUUUUGAUUCUUCUACAAGUGAGAAAAAUGCAAAUAAGGAGAUAAAUUGUACUCAGGAAUCAAAUGAUUUAUGGCAAAAUAAUAUAAAUCAUUUAAAUCAUCAGGAUAAAGAUAAUCAAGUUAACAUAGAUGAAGAGAAAAUUAACGAACAAGAACUCUCAACAAAAUCUAUGCAACUUGAUGAUAAUACUCAAUCUGAGAAAAAUAAAUCUAUAGAACCGACGAAUAAUGAAACUCCUUCCACUACGAUUUCUUCUUCAAACAAACGAAAAUCUACACAACCUAGGAAAUUUAUCAUCGAACAUCAUGAAACUGAAAGCAGAAUUAUUCGAAAAAGAGCUCGUCCUCACACUAAAAAAAGAAAAGGUAUCGCUUCGGGUGAUGAAUCAGAAAAUAUACAAGCUGAAAUCUCAGAAGCUUCUAUAUAUUCGGUUGACGAUCGAGAUCAAGUUAGUCAGCAGAACACUGAAGAGUCAUCAGAAGAUGAAUCGAUCUCUUCUUAUAAACAUGUAAAAUUGACAGUUGCACCUUCAAUAACAGAAAAUCAUGAUGUUCGUAAACAGAAAGGACGUCGUUAUUCGACCAGAAAGAUAGCAAAUCCAAUCGCCCAAAAAGGAAAAAAUUCCACCAAUCCUUCUAUAAAUUCUGAUCAAGUCAAUAUGUCACAACAAAAUGGGUUGAGAACAUUUAUGAAAGCAGCAAGAAAAUUUGCGGCACCUGUACCUAAACCUGCACCUGUAAAACCACAACGACCUUUAGGUUCAUUUGGAUAUUUUCGUAAAGAGAUGUUCGAUAAUAGAGAUUCCAUGUUAAUUGGCCUUCCUUGGAGAGAAUGUAUAAAAAUCGUUGCUCAACGUUGGAACUCAUUAAGUGAAGAGGAUAAAGAGCCUUAUAAUGAACUUCAACGUAUUGCGAGCAAAAGAUUUAAAAUUGAGAAUCGUGUAUACCUUGACUAUUUAAAGGAACAUGGACUAGCGGAAGAGAAGAGAAGUAGUAAAUUUUCCGAAAAAAACGUUAACAGACGUACAGAUGAAAGUAAAAAGAAAAAUACUUUAGAUGACUCUGAUAUUAGGGUACCACGUAAAGUCUCAAAUAAUUCUUUGAACAAAUCGUCGACAAUCUCAGGGUCAAAAACUUCUGCGAAUAAAAAUACUAUUCGCGUUGGCGCAGCAAAUCAUGCUCGUAGAACUGGUGCGACUAAAAAUAUUCGCGCUGGCGCAGCAAAUCAUUCUCGUAAACCUGGCGUAACUAAAAUUUUUAUACCUUUUGUUCGCAAAGACUAA